UGAAACCUUCUAGAGGUCAGGUCAGGGGUUCGAAUCCCGGCGUAAGCGAGCUUUUCUUGCAAAAUGAGUUUUUCUCUCGCUUCCGCUCCUGGCCUAGUGGAUAGCGCUAGUUCGUGUGUACACAGAGGGAAGAGAGUGCUGAACUCUUCUCGCCUUAAAAAUCGAAGGCAAGGCACCGCAGGAGGGGAGGGUAGAGAGGGGCUCUUCUGUGUGACCACAGCGCUGGGUCCCGACGCUGCUGCCACUACCAACCACGGCUCGGCUAAGCUCCAAGAGGGACAGCCGAAGCCUGCCCAAGCUGGGGAAUCCGCCGGUGCAUCUGCGAGCGUAGCACCCUCGCAGAGCAGUCACCAUCCCGGAUAUUUCCACGCCCUGGUCGGUGACGGUCGCGACAGCGACAACAACAGCAGCGCUAGCGACGGCGCCAAGGCUGGAAUUCAAACCCUCGACACCGACCCACCCCCUGACGACGACGAUGACGAUGACGACAACGCUGACGACGACCUCGCACACGACAUCCUGCAGAACCGCGCCGACGCCGCCAGUCAGCAGAGUGCACCGCUUGUGGCAAGCGGCGGGCCGCUGGAGGCCGUUCUCGUCAGCGCGGUCACAAAGGCAGUGGAGACGGAGAAGGCCCCGCCGGCGUGGGUCCUUAGCAUGCUUAUGCCGGGAGCCGCUCACCAGCAAAACAUCCAGAAGCAAGUGUAGGCCCUGACCUGCUGUGCUUAUUUCUUGACAUUUUUAUGCACGUUUUUGCGCACGUGCGUGAGCCCCGUGUUUACGGUCGCCAAAUCUUUGCAAAAAUGUCUAAAUUUUCCAGUUUUCAAACAUUUGCGGAUGAAGAUUUUGUUUCACUUUUUUCGGGAGAAAAUCUUCGGCUGAAUAUUCUCAAAGAUUUUGAAAUGGGGCAAAAGUCGCUCAUUUUACAAGAUGUUUGACAAACAUUUUGAAAUGGGGCAGGUCGCGCAAAUGUUUGGGCGGCGGAAAAGGCAAGUAGCGCCGCAUUUUCGGCACGUAUGCCGCCAACACACACGAAGACACCCCAACAACACACGAACACACGAGUAUAUCUACACGCACACGAGAAGGCCGCGCCGACGAGAAGGCCACGCCCAAUAUGGAUGAGGAGUCCAUGAUGGCCGGGGCUGCUGCCGCAGCAUCGAGUUUGCAGAACAUUAUGCACACGUUCGACUCCGGUGGUGAGCAAAAUGACCAAGAACCGGGUGGUUUGUUCGGCGAUCUGCUGGUGGUGGUGGAGGAGGAGG